AGCUUCUCCUCCUCCCCAGUCUUACCGAUCCCAUCCGACGUCUUCCCGUUCUUUUCUCCUUCCUAUCCCUUUCUCUUUUUCGAUACCUCUUAUCAGGGACCGCGGUCGCUAGUCCACUCGACAUCGGCGGCACAACCGAUCAACCGGAGCUUAGGUUUUCUUGGCUUUGAUCUUUUGGAUCUUUGGGAUAUCAUCAUAUCGCCACGACAUUGGCAGUUCGCAACAAGCUGUCGUUUUGGUUGCGUCUGUGUUUGAGCUGGUUCACCAUCAGAUACACGAUACACAUCACAUCACUCGCUCUGUCGACAUACUAAUCGUUCGAGGUGGCCAUCAUUGACCUUGCCUCACCCUCGUUAAUAAUCUCCACCCUUGGUUCAUCAACAACCCAGUCGUCGAUCAUCAUGGCCGACGAUAUCGAAACCCAGGCUGAGAAGGCCCAACCGGUAACGCGGUCGAUUCAUCCAGUCUUCUAUAUCGCGAGUUGGAUAUUAUUCUCCAAUCUCACCAUUCUUUUCAACAAAUGGUUACUUGACCCAGACAGGUUCAGUUAUCCUACUAUCCUGACAUGUUGGCAUCUCAUCUUCGCGACCAUCGCCACCCAAGUUCUCGCCAGGACAACCACCCUCCUCGAUGGCCGCAAGAACGUCAAGAUGACGGGCCGCCUCUACCUGCGCGCCAUCGUCCCCAUCGGCUUUCUCUUCAGCGGCAGUCUCGUCUGCAGCAACAUGGUGUACCUCUACCUCAGCGUCGCCUUCAUCCAGAUGCUCAAGGCCGCCGCGCCCGUAGCCGUCUUGCUGACCGCCUGGGCCUGGGGCGUCGAGCAGCCGUCGCAGUCGCGGCUGAUUAACGUUCUUUUCAUCGUCUUUGGUGUCGGACUUGCCAGCUUCGGCGAGAUCGCCUUCUCGCUCACCGGUUUCCUCUUCCAGCUCGGCGGAAUCGUGUUCGAGGCCAUGCGGCUCAUCAUGAUCCAAGUCCUGCUCAAGGGCGACGGCCAGAAGAUGGACCCGCUCGUUAGUCUGUACUACUUUGCCCCCGUCUGUGCAUCGAUGAACUUCGUCGUUGCGUUGUUCAUUGAGUUCCGCUCCUUCCAUAUUGCGGAUUUGUACAACACGGGUCUGUGGUGUCUGCUUUUGAACGCCGUGGUGGCGUUCAUGUUGAACAUCAGCAGUGUCUGCCUUAUCGGCAAAACCUCCGGCCUAGUAAUGACCCUCACCGGCAUCCUCAAAAACAUCCUCCUCGUCGGCGCCUCCGUCAUGAUCUGGCAGACCUCCAUCACCCCGCUACAGUUCCUCGGCUACGCCAUCGCCCUCGCCGGGCUCGUCUACUACUCCCUCGGCCGCGACCAGAUCGUCGAGAUCGCUACCCAGCUGUGGACCUUCCUCCGGAACGUCUGGGAGAACUCGCCAGCCUACUCGUCUGUCUCGUCCUCGGAGGAAGGAAAUGGUCAACAACCAGGAGGAGGGGGCUUGCCGUCAGCGGUCCGGAGAGCGUUGUUGAUGGGAUUGGGUGUCAUAGUUGUCGUCAUCUUGGCGGCUGGGUAUAUCUAUGGUGGCGCUGACCCUCGUGGUGGAGGAGGUGGUGGUGGUGCAGUGGGUGUAUCCAGGCCGCUUGGGGGUGGUGGGGACGCGAGUAGUGUUAAGCCUGUUCAGGUGGCUUCGUGAUUUCAGUGGGAAGAGGAUCGGGUGAUGAUCGAAAUGGAUGGGGGCACGACGAAAGACGAAAGAAAGCAUCAACGAAACGACCGGCUUAAAUCGAAGGAACGAAACGAAAGAAA